AUGCCAAGGAUCAUUAGCAACAGCAUCAUCUCAUCGUCCGACCAUCGGGAGGAAGCUCAGGGAUUACAUUCAUAUUACUGUCUCUGCAGUGAGUUUAUUCUCGUAAUUGAUAUGGAGUUAAGUCAAUUGCCCAGGAGAGAGACAGAUAACGCAGUGAUCAUUGAGAACGCAACGCGCAUGUAUAGACUACACACCAUUCAAGGAGAGAACAAGAUCGUAAAGAGAAGGCAAGUGCAUCAAGAUAAAUUCGAGAAGCAAUAUAGGCUGUAUUGUCCACGAUGCAAUUUGUUGAUCGCAUAUGAGACGACGCCUCAUUUGAAAGGUGGACCAUACACAUAUAUUGUCCAGGGAGCAUUGAAUGAGAUCCAGGGUGUACCACAUCAAGACUGGGAACUUGAUUUGCCAAAUAAACAAAUCGAUAUAGAUCAAGAUGACAAUAACAAUGCUCCGGAAGAUAUGGUUAUGGAUGAUCAAUCAGAGAUGGAAGCUAGGAGAGAGGGUAAUCAGGAUGCAGCAUCCAAGGCCAGGGCGUUUCUUAUAGCAUCGGCAACUUCGGCUUCUUGA